GGGCUGCAACUCAGAGUGCUGGAGCAACAAGACAGAGCCUUCAGGGGGAAAAAAGAAGCAAAGAGCCGGGUCACAGGAGUCCACCACGCGUCCAGGAAACAGCUCACAGCUCAGGGACGGGGCCAGAAGGGGCGGGAGGAGUGUGUUAUUGGAAAAGCUGACAAGAGAGCAAGGCAGCGGGGAGGGGAAAGAAAGAGAGAGGUGGCUGCCUAACUUUGACUUUGGUCAGUGAAGGCCUCAUGCAGCUUCUUAACAGCAACUAAAUCCCAGUUGUAUCUGCCUGACACACCUCGACCCUGAGCAGGAGUCACCGGGAGCCCAGUGUGAGGAAGUAAAGAGAGGAAUAAAGAGGGAACCAUAAGGGCAAGUAAAUAUGAUGACCCAAGAACAGUGCACUCAUAGGAACAAUGUCCAGAGUUCAGAGAAACCCCAAGUGUACAAAGUGGGAAUAUACGGCUGGAGGAAACGCUGCCUUUACUUCUUUGUCCUGCUGCUGAUGAUCUUGAUCCUGAUCAACUUGGCACUAACUAUCUGGAUCCUCAAGGUCAUGAACUUCACCAUAGACGGCAUGGGCAAACUAAGAAUAACAGAGAAGGGCCUGAAACUGGAGGGGGCCUCUGAGUUCCUUGAACCCCUCUAUGCCAAAGAAAUCCAGUCCAAACCAGGCCGCCCGCUGUUCCUGCAGUCAUCCAGAAAUGUGUCGGUCAAUAUUGUCAACAGCAAGAACCAGCUGCUCACACAACUUGUAACAGGAUCGAGUGGAUUUCAAGCAAAAGGCAAGUUGUUUGAAGUCAAAUCCACCUCUGGGAAGCUCCUUUUCUCCGCUGACGAGCAGGAGGUGGUGGUGGGCGCCGAGAGGCUCCGAGUGAUGGGAGCCGAAGGAGCCGUGUUCAGCAAAUCGGUGGAGACGCCACAUGUCAGGGCCGAGCCCUUCAAAGAGCUGAGGCUGGAGUCUCCCACCCGGUCCUUACUGAUGGAGGCUCCUAAAGGCAUCCAGAUCCUGGCUGAGGCCGGAGACAUUCAGGCCAUCUGCAGGAACGAGCUGCGACUGGAGUCCAAAGACGGAGAGAUCUCGCUGGAUGCUCGGAGGAUUCGCCUGAUGCGGUUGCCUGAGGGGAAGGCCUCCACCAGCUCCUCGUCCUCUGGGAACAGGCAGACUGUCUACGAGGUUUGCGUUUGCCCGAACGGGAGGCUUUUCCUGUCCCAGGCGGGCACCGGAUCCACCUGCCAGAUCAGCAACAAUGUCUGCCUCUAGGACUGAUAUAUACAUAUAUAAAUAAAUACACAGAUAUCCUGAAAGACAGACGGGCAAAGACGGAUAGAUGUUCACAUAUUGCCCGCCUCCAGGACUGAUAAACAGCAAUCACAGACACAACAUACAAAGACUGCCAGAGCUGAUGGAAAUAUAAACAAUAACAGAUACUGUAACUAUACAGACACACUGAUGUAAACACUUCACAAACAAUCGCAAACAAUCACACUGAUAUUUAGGCUCAACCAAUAUGUUUCAACAGGCCAAUACCGAAAAUCUUGGAUUGAAGCUGCGGACAGCUGAUCUUUUGUGCCAAUAUUUCAACACUAAAAGAUAUUUUCUCCCCUAAUUUUAUACGUUUCUGAAAGGAAAAGCCUUUGAAAUCAGCAUUUACAGCAUCACGGACAAUACAACUCUCCACUGAGUGUCACAUACAUCUCUCUAAGCUCUUUAUACAUAAAGUACAGCACGAGUUACAUGGCUUUUAAACUGAAUUACAUGAAUAAAUGGAAAAACGUGUUUUAUUGCAGGUUUUAAAAAGGUUUUAACACUGAGAUCAGAAAGACAUUUCAAACUAGUUGCAUAGAAAGGGCACUGACUGCAACAAAAGGACAGUAUUGGUAAUAUAUCGGUCUCAACCUAUACCUGACUCUGCUAUUUAUUUAUAGCAUACAAACAUGAGGAUGCACACACUUACACAUUAUACACAUUUAACAUGGUGUAUGCACACACUCACUCUCUUUGCUCAUAGGAGCCUCCUGGUAACUGAGAGGAGAAUCUCCAGAGAUGUACUAAAAGAGACACCGAUCUGUUCCUUUUCUCUCUCAAGAGUGUUUCAGAACGAGAAUCACUAGGGUGAUAACCCAUAGCAACAGGCCACUCCCCCUCCCCUCCGUUUUUCUUCUCAUUUUUCCUAAUUUCUCUUUUUUCUUCUCCGCAGCGAAGAUAAGUGAAGGGUUAAUACUUUUGCUGUUGUUCAUAAAGCAUUUGUAAAGCCCAUAGGCAUGCUGGAAGCACUUAAUUAAGGCCAUUCCUUAUACAAAUUGGGUCAGAAUAUAGGAUGGACUAAUGCAGUGGUUCUCAACCCAGGGGGUCCACAAGAUUAUUUCUGAGGGUUGCCAGAUGGCUGUGCAGAGACGGAAAAAAAAACAUUAAUAAUAAAAUAACCUAUUUUAGACGAGGGAAGGUUUUUUGUUUACAUAUCAUUGCCUGUAACAGUGUUAUCAUUUGCCUUAGAAAACGAAAAGUGUAUGGUGUGUGUUCGUGAGUAGGGGAUUUCUGUGUCAGGGGGAGAGAAAGUCCGAUUUUUAGUGCCUAGAGUACAUUUAGCAACGCCUAGGUAAAUGCUGUUCAAGGUAAACAAACACUAAAGAGAUUAUUCUGGGGAUGGUCACGACACAAAAAGGUUGAGAACCACUGGUGUAAUUGACAAAAGGACUGCAUGGCUUAUGAGUUUAAUGGAUACUUCAGCUCAGCCAGAACACAGACAAAUAAGGUUUUCAGUUUACCAACCCGCUUUCACUAUGGACUUUGCUUUGGGAUGAUGUCACUCAUGUUAAAUAAUUUGUUCUGGUUUGGCACAUUUGCAGGAUGUGAACAUGGAAAGAGUUCUGCCUUGAAAACCUUAACCUAUAAACUACUGGUCUGUUGUGUGUGUUUUCUCUAUUUUAUUUGAUGUAGUCAUUCUAUUUUUAACUGAGUAAAAAGCUGUUUGAUUUUCACAUAGUGUUUUGCUUUGCUGCGUAAAUUAUCGGUCUCCUUAACAAUGUCACAACCUGUUAUAACGCUUUCUUUUCACACAAAACAUUUCCAAUGUAAGCUGACGGGAGCUCAGCGGCGGUGGUCACCCUACUGGUUUCUUGCACUGGGAUAUUUUUUAGAAGAACAAAAACAAACUAAUGCGAGCCACUCUGUUGAAAGAGGGGAACUGUGCCUGUGCCUUAUGUCAAUGCACUUGUGGCAAGAAGAAGCACAUCACACAGACUUUCUUUGGCAUCAACGAGUAACAUAAUCUCUGAUUUCAGUUCAGCUUCAUCCCAAUCACAAACCUCUCCCUCUGUGUGAGUGCAAAGACCUUCAGCCAUAUCUGACUGUAGCCCCCCUGCUGUCAGCACCUGACUUUGCAAAAGGAUGAGAGGAUUAUCUUUUCUAUUUACCACUAAACCUCCCCAGUUUUGGAUAUUUUUGCUUUGGUUUUUUUGAUCAAAUAUUCUGUGUGAAAACAUGUAUGUGUUUCUGUUCAUGUAAAAUGUUAUCUUAAAAGUUUCUCAAACAAG